AUAUCAGCCCACGGAGUUCCCGCUUCUCCAGCCCCUGUCAGUGUCUCCUUCUUCUCCCUCCCCCUCCCAACCCUCCAAAUUUUUCUACGGUUUCCUCUUUCAACUCUCUCUCUCUCUCUCUCUCUCUCUAUCUCUCAAUCAACCCGAGAAACAAGAAACAGGAAAGAAGGAAGACGAAAGAAGAAAGAACGAGUCUUGCCAUCUUCAAAGCCUAUAUAUGUAUUUUGGUGGGGUCGAGGUGAGAUUCUUCAGAACGAUUGACUGCCCACUGUUCCCUUGCCAUCUUCUAGCUCUGUCUUCAUUUUCAUUUCCCCGGAUCUGUAAGGACAAGGUUUUGGAGAACUUUUGUUGAAUGAGUUAAAACAACCAGGAAUUUUGGUGUUUGUGCAUCUGAUGGAUAAAGAAGACUCCAGUAAACCUGAUACAGCCGCUCUGAAAGACGAAAAGUUGGAGGAAAAGGCAGAUUUGACUCCUCUGUAUGCAGAGAAGUCAGGGGACCAUGAGGACUCUACGAAGCCUGACACAAUUUCGGCGGAUACCGUGAAUUUACAGGACAAAGAGGAGACUGCAAAGGUAGAUCCUGCUUCUGAUAAAGCUCACAUGAUGGAUUCUACCAAGUCAGACUCUAGUUCUCCAAAUGCUGACAAGCUGGAGGACAAAGAAGUCUCCACUAUGGAAAAUUUAACUCCUCGGAAUACCAAGGAUGUAGAGGAUAAAGAACAACAUAUUAAGGCAGAUUCAACUUCAGGGAAAGCCGAGAAGUUUGAGGAAAAAAUGGACUCUUCUAUGUCAGAUUCGUCUUCAGCAAACACUGUCAAGAAGGAGGACAGAGAAGUCUCUGUUGCAGUGGAUUCAACUCCUCCGAAUGCCAAGUACGUAGAGGAUGAAGAAGAACCUACUAAAGCAGAUUCAACUUUGGGGAAAGUCGAGAAGUUUGAGGAAGAAAAAGAGUCUUCUAAGUCGGAUUCGGCUUCUCCAAAUUCUGGCAAGAUAGAGGACCGAGAAGUCCCUGUUACAGCAGAUUCAAUUCCUAUGAAAUCUGAGGAGUUGGAGAAUGCUACAAAGGAUAAAAAGGAAGGUGGAGGAGGUAAUGAUAAGAUGGACGGGCAAGCGGAUCGAAAGUCAACAGAAAAAGAUGACUUGGGUGGCAAAAUGAACGAGGACAAAGGUUUUGAAGCGAAGGCUGAAGAUACAACCAGAUCCAUGGAGGCAAAACUUGAUAAGGACUCAGGAGAACACCCUAGAGAAGCAAACCUUAGUGAAGAGAAGGAACCUGAGCCGGUUUUCGAUGGAACUGAGAUUCCAGGCAUGGAAGCUCACCAGAGCUUGUCAGACCGUUCAUUGGAUCUUGACCCUGAUGGUCAGAGCAACAUUUUGGCCGACAAAGCUGUGGCUCUUAAGAAUUUUGUCCGGGAGAAGAGCGUUGGGGCAGUUUCCACCAUGCUCCGUCGCCUAUCUGGGAAAAAAGAUGAUAUCGGAGAUGAAUUUGCAGAUGAUGAGAACAGUAAGGAAGUUACUGACUCCAAUAGAGAAGGUGAAACACAUGUUUCCCAGAAAGCAUGUGAGAAGCCCUCAUGGAACCCUCUUAGCUACUUUAAAUUCUCCCGGGAUGCUGAUGAUUUGGGGAAUAAAGUUGGGCAACAAGAAGUUCAUGGUGAUAUAACUCAGCCCAUACCCAUGAAGGGACGUGCCAUACUCUAUACAAGAUUAAGGUGCCAGGAAUGCAAAGAGGCAAGGUUGUUCCUUUAUAGGAAAAGGCUUAGAUACGUUGAGAUCAACAUUGAUGUGUAUCCCAGUAGGAAGCUUGAGCUUGAGAAGAUAAGUGGAUCCUCUUCUGUUCCCAAGGUGUUCUUCAAUGAGGUUCUAAUCGGGGGCAUUAACGAGAUGAAAGGGUUGGAAGAGAGCGGGAAGCUGAAGGACAAGUUGGACUUUCUGAUCUCGGAAGCACCAUCUCCUGAAGCUCCUUUACCUCCUCUCUCGGGUGAGGACGACGUAUCAAGUAGUGGUGCAGUCGAUGAGCUGGCAGCUAUAGUUAGGAAAAUGAAGGAGUCGAUCAUUGUCAAGGACCGAUUCUACAAGAUGCGGUGGUUUACUAGCUGCUUUGUUGGUUCAGAAGCUGUUGACUUUAUAUCGGAAGAUCAGUAUCUCGAAAGAGCAGAGGCCGUUGAAUUUGGGCGGAAGCUUGCAGGCAAACUUUUCUUUCAGCACAUACUCGAUGAGAAUGCAUUUGAGGAUGGUAAUCAUUUCUAUCGGUUUCUGGAUCAAGAUCCAAUUGUGUCCACACAAUGUUAUAACAUUCCCAGAGGCAUCCUAGAGGUGAAGCCAAAGCCCAUUUCAGAGAUUGCAUCAAGGCUCCGGUUCCUCUCUCAUGCAAUCUUCGAUGCUUAUACAUCAGAAGACGGAAGGCAUGUUGACUACAGAAGUAUUCACGGGAGUGAAGAGUUUGCAAGGUAUCUGAGGACUGUUGAGGAGCUCCAGAGAGUUGAGCUACAGGACAUGUCAAGGGAGGAGAAGCUGGCCUUCUUCAUUAACCUCUACAAUAUGAUGGCCAUACACGCGAUAUUGGUGUGGGGCCAUCCAGUUGGGCCACUGGAAAGAAGAAAGUUGUUUGGGGACUUCAAGUAUGUUGUUGCAGGGUGCACAUAUUCGCUCUCUGCGAUACAAAAUGGCAUUUUGAGGGGCAAUCAACGGCCUCCUUAUAAUCUCAUGAAGCCAUUUAGUGCGAAAGACAAGCGUGGCAAGGUUGCUCUUCCAUAUGCAGAGCCUCUUAUUCACUUUGCACUUGUUUGUGGGACUCGUUCUGGGCCCGCUCUUCGGUGCUAUUCUCCUGGUAACAUCGAUAAAGAGCUGGUGGAUGCAGCUUGUGAUUUCUUAAGAAGCGGAGGCCUUAUCUUUGAUCUGAAUGCCAAGGUUGCUUCCGUCAGCAAGAUUCUCAAAUGGUUCAGUGUGGACUUCGGGAAGAACGAGGUGGAGGUCCUGAAACACGCUAGCAACUACUUGGAGUCUGCAGACUCUGAAGCUGUACUGGAAUUGCUAUCGAAUACUCAGUUGAAGGUGACAUAUCAGCCCUAUGACUGGGGAUUGAACUGCUAAACACAAAUUUUCGAUCUUUCAUUAUUUAUUUUACUAGUUUCUGACCAAAGACAAGGCUGCUUCCCCUUGUUUGUGGAAAUAGAUAGCAAGUGGGGAUGAAAAAAUAUAAUAAAAUUAGGAGUAAAGUUUCUCUGAAAAUAUAUUAUAUUAUAUCUGCCGUUGGUAUCUGGAAAUAUAUAAACGUAGAACGAUAGAUCUUUUCAUAUAUGUAGUAUGUAACCAUUAAAGUUCGAGGAGAUUGCCUUCUCGUGAAAUUCUUCUCGUGUUUUUCGUAUUUCUUGCUA